AUGUCAUACGGAUAUCCACACGGUAUCAAGGAUGCGGAUUGCGAUGUCGAGCUAUUGGACCCUUUGGCUACAUCAUCCGGACAAUCACCCGCAACUUUUGACACGACACACCAGUGUCCAGCGAGUCUUUUAUCUUACAAAUACCUGAUGUCCAAGCUUUCCGUUCUUGUCAAGGACAUUCUUACAGAUCUAUACAGAAUUAGCCACCAGGGGGCUCCUCAAACCGACAAUCUGAAUUCGCGGAAUCUGCAGAAUCUCAUUAACAAGGUAUCGCGCCUAGAUGAACGGCUGCGAAAAUGGAAAAUGGAGAUACCAGAAGCCUUACAUCCAAAUACUAAUCAUGCAAACUAUGCUUCCGUGGAAGAGAUGGAUUAUGACAUAGGUGCCUCAGGACCCCGAUUCGAGCAGCACAUCUAUCAACUGCAAGCUCUUUCCCUCGAACUUGCGUAUGAAAAUGCGCGAAUCCUCCUCCACCGCCCUCUUCUCGCUUACAGAAUGAUCCCCCGCGCUGUGAGCGAGGGCGAAACCCCAUCUCCAAAUCCACUGCGUCUGUCAUUAUCCGCGUGUCGGGAUGCUGCACUGCAUACAUCAAAUCUCGGGGAGUCUUCAAUAUUCCUUCUCGCCGCCGAUACCUACGCCGCUGCAUUCAUCGGAAUUCACACCUUUACUGCUGGCGUGAUGAUUUGCAUACUGAUUAGUAUUGAACCGCUUAGUCCGCAGUCCCACGAGUCGAAGAUGGGGCUGCGACGCUUGAUACAGAUGCAAACACAUUUGAAAUCGAGAACAGAGUCGACUUUGGCAUCACAGGGCUUGGAAAUUCUGGAGCGCUUGACCCGAUUGGUCAUGGAGAAGGAAUUGAAGGAGAUGCUCGAUAGUAACAGUGCCACCCGGCAAUCUUCUCAAUCUACAACGCAGCGGAUCGAAUAUGCACAUUAUGGGGGUGGGUCCGAGGCUCCGACACAACAGGAACAAGACCAAGAUCAAGGUGCAGAAAUCCCCGACGCAAUACAAAACGAGGAAAUGUUCGACUUCAUUCAAGAUCCGGCUAUGUCUCAGGCUCUUCUUGACUUUGACCAGGGUAUGCAUUGCAGUCUUCGCGUUUUGAUCACCAUCAGGUUAACAUUUUUUAGUUCUCUCGGGAAAUGA